AUGAGCUUUCCAAAGAAUCAUGCUCUACUCAAAUAUGCUGGUGACAUCCGACAAUUUGGCACCAUAUCCAGUUUCAGCACUACCCAUUCUGAAAGACAGCACAAACGUGAUUCCAAGGAUCCUGCGAAGCAUGUGAAUCGCGCUAAUUGUAAUGCUACAAAGCAGAUGAGCGAUUACGUAUUCCAUCGCGAUUUGUUGGAUGAUACUUACUAUAAUGAAGAUUCGCAUAUACCAGACAAUACUUGUCCACCAAAGUCUCUUUAUACGCUAUGCUCAAAGGUAUCUUCAGCACCUGUCACCAUCAUGAAGCUUACCAAAACAAGGCCUGACUGCCAUGACCUUGACGCUCUCAUCAAAGUAUACAUUGAAGAACAAUUUAAACAGCAGCCUGCAAGCGAAAGAGAAAGUGCAUGGGUCUAUGAUUGCACGAAGGUUUAUGCAUACCAGCAAUUGAUGGUUGUAGAGGAUGAUGAGGAUGAUGGAUAUCGCAAGUCCUUUAUACGAGCACACCCUUCUUUUUUUAAAAAUGCGCGAUUCGAUUACGUUGCAUUGAAGGAUAAUGGUGUUGGGCAAGCAUUGUUGUUCUUAGAGAUAACGCUUUGUGGAAGGGACGAGACACUACAGCUAUGUCUAUUGAGAAGAUUCACAUCGAUGCCUGGUCGUCAUGCUAGUGGAUUACAAACGUUGCAUGUAGAGGAUGAUUUGAAGAUUGUUUCGCUUGACCUAAUUCUACGUCCUAUACACGUUGUUCCCGAGUUUUCAACCAUGUAUACGGCAGCCGAUGGAUCUAAGCUCUAUCACCAAUAUCUCCUUAAUCAUGAUGUGAAUCGAUACGAAUGGUCUCGCGGAGUAAACAAUCGUUUACACAUCCAAAAAGGCGAUCGUGUCAGCUGGGAAAUCAAAGGUGCUAAGAGGAUCCCGCCAGUGUAUAAGCAAUACGACAGCGAUGGAAAUAAUCAAGAACACGGCAAUAUGAAGUAUAAGGGAUAUAAAGAUGAAGAAGAGGAUCAUGAAUACAUACCGUAA